CCACUACACAAAAACACGAUGGUUUCCUACUCUGUCCCUACUGCUCAGCAAGUCUUUUUGCCUGAAACUUUGUUGAAGAAGCAGAAGGCAAGUGAUAAGGCUGAAGCAAAGGCGACUGAAGCAAAAGUACAGCAGCGCAAGGCCCGUAUUGCCAAGCGCCGUGAAAUUGUUCGCCGCUCAGCCUCUUAUCGCCGUGAAUACCAAGCUUCUGAACGCAAACUCAUCCAACUCCACCGUGAGGCCAAAGCCAAUGGCAGCUACUACAUCCCUUCGCAACGCAAACUCUUGCUUGUUGUCCGUAUCCGCGGUAUUAACAACAUUCCACCCAAACCUCGCAAGGUCCUGCAGCUUUUGCGUUUGCUCCAGAUCAACAAUGCCGUGUUUGUCAGGGCUAACAAAGCCACACUGCAAAUGUUGCAGCUUGUAAUUCCCUACGUCACUUUUGGUGAACCCAAUCUAAAGACAAUCCGCGAAUUAAUCUACAAGCGUGGUUUUGGCAAGAUCAACAAGCAGCGCAUUCCUUUGCAUGACAACGCACUGAUCGAACAGUCUUUGGGCAAACAUAACAUUAUCUCCAUGGAAGAUUUGGUUCACGAAAUUGCAACCGUGGGCGCCAACUUUAAGCAGGCUAAUGCGUUCUUGUGGCCUUUCAAGCUUUCCAACCCCAACGGUGGCUGGCGCACACGCAAGCUGAACAACUAUGUCGAGGGCGGUGAUCAAGGUGAUCGGGAACGAUUCAUCAACAACUUGGUUCAAUCCAUGAAUUAAAUUGUGCAUUAAAUAAAAUAAAGUACAAGGAAGGCUUUUUUUUCUUUGUUACAAAAAGAAAUAAUUCUCUAAAGACUUCGACUGCUUCCUGUGGGCCUUAGCCAUUGGCUACUGCUGUUCUCUAUUCGAGUUCUUUCUAAAGCGUUACGCGCUAUGGCAAUAUGGCUCUCUGGUUGUGUGCUAACAGCUUGGACAGUCUCUGAUGAUGAUCGUGGAGAGUCCUCCUGUAAUGACUGUUGCUGCUGCUUUUGUUGCUGCUUCUUUUCCCACAUAUCCAG